CCAAAUCUGAUGACAGCGUCUGUGGGAGGAGACUACAACUCCCGGCGGGCACGUGACUUCCGGGCGGGCGCGGGAAACUCGAGCGCAACUAUGGAGGAGAAAUACCGGGCGGCCAGACCGAGACCCCGGGAACCAUGAGGAGAAGUUUGGCCCCGAGCCAGCUGGCCAAGAGGGGCCGUGAUGUGUCCUCUGAUGAUGAGGAAUGGCAUGAGGAGAAGGAGACGCCAAAAAGGAAACGCUGCAGCGACGCCGGUCCGGAGAUGUGGAUCUCACCGUAUCGGAGACCCCUGGAGUCGCUGACAAACAGACCAGUGUGUGUGGACAGCCGGGAGCAUGAGGCAUUUAUCCGCAGUAUAUUAUCCAGACCCUUCCGAGUGCCCAUACCGGACUACAAGGGAGGAUUGGGCCUGAGGGUGCUCGGGAUCAAGAAAGCCGGAGUGCGCAGAGCGCUGCACGAUCCUGAUGAGGAGGGGGCGCUAGUGCUUGUAUACUCCCCCGAGUCUGAGUGCACACGAUCAACUCAAAGUAGACAAGUAGGUCCUCAUAGUAUACAGUAAUGACAUCACCGCUGU